CAUGGCUUCGCUGGGAGCCCGGUUGCUUUGGGCGCGGGCGGCAGGUAGUCUACAGAUGAGAAAAAUGUGCUUGGCUUAACUCACCCAGCGCCACCUCCCCUGUGCUCCGAAAAUGCCUCAUCCAUUUGGAGAAGAGGAAGCUGCCUCCCAGAAGCAGCUUUGGGGCUUUUUCUGUGAGUGCCUGCGGAGGGGAGAUUGGGAGCUGGCACAGGCAUGUGUGCCACCACUACACCAGGGGCAAGGGGAUAUCCCGCAGAAGGUGGAAGACAUACUUCGGGCGCUGGUGGUGUGUCCUGAUUUGCUGAGAUGUGGACAGGAUACCAGCCCUCAAAAAUUCGCCUGGGUCUGGCUUCUUGUCUUGGAAGAAUGGUUCAUCCAAGGAAAGAAAGUACCCCCAGCGGGUUUCUGGAAAAGGCUGGAGUUUCUUUUAUUGUCAGAAGACCUACCAGGUGACAUUCCAGAGGACAUUCUAAAGGAGCUCUAUGAGGUCUUAGCACGAGGUGCAGUAGACCCCGGGCCUGAUGGAAGGAGAUGGGCCCCUCAGCUCAGCGCCAAAGCUGUCUCCGCACUCUGGGAUCUUCUGAGGCAGGCUCCCCGGCCGGCGCAGGCCCUGCUGGAGCUCCUGCUUCAGGAGUAUGACAGCACCGGCCUCGGAGGCUGGUCUCUGCAGAAAACCUUGGUGGACCUCAUUCACAGGGCACUGAAGGCGUUGCAGGGCCCUGAUGCUGGGCCACCGGGGCUAGCAGACGCCAUCUACAGAGCCCUGCAGACUCUGCACUGGCCUGCCGAAUCCCCCAGGACGGAGUGGCGCCUCCUGUGUGAUGGCCUGCUGGAGGCCUGUAGGGCUGAUGGGAGUCCCCUGCAGGAGGAGCGGCUGCUGAGCUGCCUGCUCCACAAGGCCGGGAGAGGCCUGCUGUCCCUGUACGGCCAUACCUACGCAGAGAAGGCCAUUGAAAAGCCACCGGGGGCCACAGCCUCAGGGAAAGCCUCCCUGGAUCCCGAGCGGGCAAUGCUAGCCCUGUUCUCCAAUCCCAACCCAGCCGAGGCUUGGAAAAUGACAUAUUUCUACUGCCUGAGCCACAGCAAGCACUUCCUAGAGCAGAUCCUGGUGACAGCACUAAGGCUACUGAAAGAGGAAGACUUCCCCAGCCUUGGCUGCCUGCUAGAUGGAGAAUUCAGGCCCCUCAGUCGGCUGCUCAUGCUUCUGGGCUGGACCCACUGCCAGAGCCUGGAGUCUGCUAAGAGGCUGCUGCACACACUCCACAGGACUCAGGAUCAAGGUUGCGACAAGCUCCUCAGGGAAGCCUGUGAUGGGUUGUGGACUCACCUGGAGGUCCUGGAGUGGUGUGGUCAGCAGAGGAGCAGCCCUAUUCCGGAGAGAGAUCUCUUGUGUCAUUUGCAUGGUGGAGACAGCCACUCAGUGCUCUACUCUGUCCAUCACCUGACCAACCUUCCAGCGCUCAGGGAGGACGAUGUUCUCAAGCUGUUACAGAAGGUGCCAGCCAAGGACCCCCAGCAAGAGCUCGAUGUAGCUGAUGGCCCGGUCCCUGACCACCUAGGCCAGAGUCAGAGUCUGACACUCUACCAGGGCUUCUGUGCCAUGAAGUAUGCCAUCUAUGCCCUCUGUGUGAAUUCACACCAGCACUCUCAGUGCCACGACUGCCGAGAGGGUGCCUCUGAGGACCUGGCCUCGACCUCUGAGCCAGUGAACAACUUGCCCUCCUCCACAGGUGCUUCCGGGCUCUUCUCCACAUACCUGGCCAGGUGUCAACAGUACCUGUGCAGUAUUCCCGACCCUUUGUGCCUGGAACUUCUGGAAAACAUCUUCUCGUUGCUCCUUGUCACCUCAUCCGAUCUUCAUGCCGAGCCUCACUUGCCUGAGGAUUACGCGGAGGAGGACGUUGAGAGGAUGGGGUCCUUGGGGUUGAGGUCCCCCUCAGAGAGCCCGCAACACACAGCUCAGCCCGAGAGGAGGUCAGAACGGGGCUCUCUGGGGAUCCCCAGAAGCCUUGCGGAUCCCCUUCCAAGCUGUGUGACGGCAGAGCCAAAAGGUCCUCCCGGGCACAGCUUUCUGGACCUGACACACCUUACUGCUGGGCUCAGUGGCUUCCUAGCGGAUGAAUUCGCCGUAGGAGCCUUCCUCCGGCUUCUCCAGGAGCGGCUAGAUGAGAUCGGCAGCCACAUGACCCUUGAGAAACCCAAGCUGCUGGAAGGGCCGGGCUGCCCGGGAAGCAGAGACGGGCUGCCGGGCCGCCUGCACCGGCUUUCCAAGGUUCUCUCUGAGGCCCAGUGGAGAUACAAAGUGGUAACCAGCAACCAGAGCGCCGAGGCUCACCUGACACCCUCCCGAAGGCACCACCACCCUGUUCCCACACGGAACCCCAGUCUCCGCAGGGCUCGUCGGCCAAGAAGAAGCCGGGCAGAUGGCCGGGAUAGAGGUUCCAACCCAUCCCUGGAAAACACGAGCAGUGAGCUGAGCACCAGCACUUCAGAGGGGAGUCUGAGCACUGUGUCUGGGCGGAACGAGCUGGAGGGCCGGUUGCAGCCCCAGCCUCAGAGUUCACUCAUCCCCAUGAUGUUCUCCCCACCCGAGUCACUGCUGGCCUCCUGCAUCCUCCGUGGGAACUUUGCGGAAGCCCACCAGGUGGUGUUCAUGUUCAACCUCAAGUCCUCGCCCAGCUCCGGAGAACUGAUGUUCGUGGAGCGCUACCAGGAGGUGAUCCAGGAGCUAGCCCGAGUAGAGCACAAGAUUGAGAGCCAGAGCUCAGAUGGGGGUAGCAGCACCAUUCGGAGGACUGGCAGUGGCCGCUCAACUCUACAGGCUAUCGGCAGUGCCGCGGCAGCAGGCAUGGUAUUCUACUCCAUAUCGGAUGUGACUGACAAGCUACUCAGCACCUCUGGAGACCCCAUCCCCACACUCCAAGAGGACUUCUGGAUAAGCAGCACCCUGGUGGAGGCCACUGCUCCCCUGAAAGAAGUCCUAGACGACCUGAGCCCCCCUGCCAUGGCUGCAUUUGACCUCGCGUGUUCCCAGUGCCAGCUCUGGAAAACAUGCAAGCAACUCCUGGAAACCACCGAACGGCGUCUCAGCAGCAGCCUGGAGAGCCGGGGUCGCCGGCUCGACCACGGGCUGCCCAGUGCUGACGGUAUCCGAGGAUUCCCCGCUGUUCUUCAGCAAAUCAGUAAGGUUCUCAAUUACCAGCCCAAGAGUACCCCACUCUCCUCCCUGGUGGAGCAGGCGUCCAAGAAGGCUCCCGAGGCCGCGACCCACCCUGUGCAUGUCCAGACCCAGCUCCUUCAGAAGCACCUGACUAAACAGAGCCCAGGUGGUGGUGCCGGGCAGGCUGACUACGUGGGCACCUUCACUGGUUACUGCAGCACCCUGUCGGCGGUGCUCCUGCGCAGUCUGAGCUCGGAGCCUGAUCAGGUGGCGGUCAAAGUAGGAAACCCCUUUGUCCUCCUGCAACAGAGCCCUUCCCAACUGGUGUCACACCUACUGCUCGAGAGACAAGUGCCCCCGGACAGGCUGGCAGGCCUGCUGGCCCAUGAGGGUCUUACCUUGAGUGUGCCACAGGUCAUUGUCCACUGCUGCUGCGAGCCCCUUGCCCUCUGCUCUUCCCAGCAAAGCCAGCAGACAUCAUCCCUUUUGACCCACCUCAACCUCCUGGCCCGCCUACACUGCCUGGAUCACCUCCCGCUGUCUCCUGCUCCGAGCUCCUCCGGGCCAACUGAGAGGACCCCCCUGGAGAAGAAGCCCCAGUGCUCCCCAAAGGACUUGGCACCCACGGCCCUCACCUCCUCUGCCUUGGCCUUCCUCAAGUCCCGCUCAAAGCUGCUGGCUGUGGUGGCCUGCUUAGGGGCCUCCCGCGGGGCAAAGCCCAGCAAGCCCAGCUUGUCGUGGAAGGAGCUUCGGGGCCGCAGGGAGGUCCCUCUGACUGCAGAGCAGGUCGCCCGAGAGUGUGAGCACCUCCUGGAACAGUUUCCCACACUUGAGGCCGCCCUCCUGGCUGCCUUGAAGCCCCUCCUAGGCUCCACCGAGUCAGGGCAGAGUCUGGCCGGGAGUCUCUGUGGUCGGGCCAGUCUCUCAACUCUCCUCCUGGGCCUGCAUUCGCCCACUGCUGUGGAUGUGCUGAGCGAGGCCUUCGAAGAGGCUCUGGUGGCCAGAGAUUGGCUCCGAGCCCUGCAGCUCAUGGAUGAGUACGGGCGCGACGCGGCCGGGCUGAGCAGCAUAAAGGACGUGGUCUUGAGCUGUGCUGCAGCACACGACAAAGAAGGUUGGCAAUACCUGUUUGCCGUAAAGGAUGCAUCUUUGAGAAGUCAGCUGACCCUACAGUGUGUGGACAAGUGGCCCCUAGAGUCAUGCCUGGAAAUCCUGGCCUAUUGCCUCUCAGACUCCGCUGUCCAAGAAGAACUGAAGUCUGAGCUGCAGAGGAAGCUGGCAGAGCUGCGGGUAUAUCAGAAGAUUCUAGCUUUGCAGGCUGCCCCCACGUGGUGUGACUGGCAGGCCCUGAGGAGCUGCUGCAUUGAAGAUCCAUCAACGGUUGUGAACAUGAUUCUAGAAGCUAAGGAGUACGGCCUCUGUGAGGAGUGGGGCUGCCUGUACCCCAUUCCUAGAGAACAUGUAAUCAGCAUACAUCGAAAUCAUCUUCUCCACCUCCUAGAAAGAGGAGAUUCUGAGAAGGCUCUGCAACUCCUGCAAAGGAUCCCUGACCCCACCAUGUGCCUUGAAGUCACUGAGCAGUCCCUUGACCAGCACCCUAGCCUGGCCACUUCCCACUUCCUGGCCAACUACCUCACCACCCACUUCUACCGACAACUGACUGCUGCCCGGCACCACGAAAUCCAGGCGCUGUACAUGGGGUCCAAGAUUCUGCUGACCCUGCCUGAGCAGCACCGAGCCAGCUAUGCCCACUUGUCCUCUAGCCCCCUGCUCAUGCUGGAACAGCUGCUGAUGAACAUGAAAGUGGACUGGGCCACUGUGGCUGUGCAUACGCUGCACCAGCUGCCAGCUGGGCAAGAGAUUGGCUUCACCAUGGAGGAGGUUGACACGCUGCUUUCCCAAUAUGCCGGGAAAGCCCUGGACUUCCCGUACCCUCUGAGGGAGAAACGAUCAGAUUCUGGGAUUCACCUCUCGGAACCUGUCAGUCAGGUUUCAGACCCUGAGACCAUGACUAGAUCACCAUCAGCCGAAUUCUCUUCUGCCUCUUCUCCUGGGAUCUCCACUGUACAGUCCCCGAGCCCAAAAGAGAAGAUUUUCCCACCGAGUCAGCCCCUGCUGGAGUUUGUGCCCCCAGCGACAGCCCCUACCCGGCACCAGUGGGUACCAGAUGAGAUGGAGAGCGUCUGCAUGGUCUGCCGUAGAGAGCACUUCACCAUGUUUAACAGACGCCAUCACUGUCGCCGCUGUGGUCGGCUCGUCUGCAGUUCCUGCUCCACCAAGAGAAUGGUGGUGGACGGCUACAGGGAGAAUCCUACCCGGGUGUGUGGCCAGUGCUACCAUUACUACAAUAAAGAUGUGUCAGAGGAGAAUCCAGGACCUUCAGAAGCCCCUGUCAACUCCAAGAGUGAAAUGCCCCCAUACUCUGCCGUGGUGAGAGUCCCCAAAGCGGCCGAGCUGGAAUGGACUUUGGAUCUGAACGAGGAAGAAAAUGAGCUGGUGCGGAGUGAGUUUUACUACGAGCAGGCCCCGAGCGCCUCCUUAUGCAUUGCCAUCUUGAAUCUUCACCGGGACCCCAUUGCCUGUGGCCACCAGCUGAUUGAGCACUGCUGCAGGCUGUCUCAGGGCCUCACCAACCCAGAGGUGGAUGCAGGGCUGCUCACAGACAUCAUGAAGCAGCUGCUCUUCAGCGCCAAGAUGAUGUUCGUCAGGGCCGGCCAGAGCCAGGACUUGGCUCUCUGUGACAGCUACAUCAGCAAGGUCGAUGUCCUGAACAUCUUAGUGGUGGCGGCCUAUCGCCACGUGCCAUCUCUAGAUCAGAUCUUGCAGCCAGCUGCUGUGACCAGGCUCCGGAACCAGCUUUUGGAAGCUGAGUACUACCAACUUGGCGUUGAGGUCUCUACAAAGACUGGGCUUGAUACCACUGGUGCAUGGCACGCUUGGGGGAUGGCCUGCCUCAAAGCUGGGAACCUCACUGCUGCACGAGAGAAGUUCAGCCGCUGUCUGAAGCCCCCUUUGGACCUCAAUCAGCUGAAUCAUGGCUCGAGGCUGGUCCAGGAUGUGGUUGAAUACUUGGAGUCCACAGCUCGGCCCAUUGUGUCCUUGCAAGAUGACGACUACUUUGCCACCUUGCGGGAGCUGGAAGCCACCCUUCGGACCCAAAGCCUCUCCCUGGAGGUGGUUCCUGAGGGGGGAAAGAUCAUGCACAACACCUACUACCAAGAAUGCCUCUUCUACUUACACAACUACAGCACCCACCUGGCCAUCGUCAGCUUCUAUGUGAGGCACAGCUGCCUGCGGGAAGCCCUGUUGCAGCUCCUCAAUACGGAGAGUCCUCCCGAAGUCUUCAUAGAAGGCAUUUUCCAGCCGAGCUAUAAGAGUGGGAAGCUGCACCUUUUGGAAAACCUGCUAGAAUCCAUUGAUCCCACCUUGGAAAGCUGGGGAAAGUACUUGAUUGCUGCCUGCCAACAUCUGCAGAAGAAGAACUACUACCAUAUUCUGUAUGAGCUGCAGCAGUUCAUGAAGGACCAAGUCCGAGCCGCCAUGACCUGUAUACGGUUCUUCAGUCACAAAGCAAGUACGUACACAGAGCUCGGAGAGAAGCUCUCGUGGCUGCUUAAGGCCAAAGACCACCUGAAGAUCUACCUCCAGGAAACAUCCCGCAGCUCCGGGAGGAAGAAAACCACCCUCUUCCGCAAGAAGAUGACUGCGGCAGAUGUGUCCAGACACAUGAAUACGCUCCAGCUACAGAUGGAAGUGACCAGAUUUUUACAUCGCUGUGAAAGUGCUGGGAUCUCUCAAGACUCCACCCUGCCUCUGCCCACCCUGUUCGGAAAUAAUCACAUGAAAAUGGACGUGGCCUGCAAGGUCAUGCUGGGAGGGAAAAAUGUAGAAGAUGGUUUUGGAAUUGCCUUUCGUGUUCUGCAGCUGCUCAAGUGUGUCAGUGAGUCCGGCAUGGCAGCCCAGAGCGAUGGGGACACCAUCCUCCUCAAUUGCCUGGAAGCAUUCAAGAGAAUCCCCCCCCAGGAGCUGGAGGGCCUGAUCCAGGCGAUCCGCAACGAUGACAACAAGGUCCGGGCCUACCUAACAUGUUGCAAACUACGUUCCGCUUACCUGAUUGCCGUGAAGCAAGAACACUCGAGGGCCACUGCCCUCGUUCAGCAGGUGCAGCAGGCCGCCCAGAGCAGCGGGGAUGCCGUGGUGCAAGACAUCUGUGCUCAGUGGCUUCUGUCAAGCCACAUGCGGGGAGGCCAUGGCUCAGGCUCCAGGAAGUGACGCUGACCAGUGGAGCUAAAAAAAAAACAAAACCGGCAGUCUGAACUGUGGCUGCAGGAGCCGUGGUGUCUCCGCUCCCCAGUUGGGAAGAGCUGGACUGGUCCCCGCAUGCCACCGUGGACAUGGGUGGGACCUUUCACACAAGUGCCAUGUUUUUGUCAAGUUGUGGGGUCUCUGUUUGUCUGGAGAUGGCCAGUUCUUUCUACCUCAGAGUGAGUGUGAGUGAGUGAGUGUAUGUCUGUGCACAUGCACACACGUGUGCAUGUUUCUGUGCCCUCAUGUUUACGCCUGAGCAUUUCUGAGAAAAUGAAACUCUUCCAGAGAGAAGAGGCACUUUACUUUUAGCCUUUUGCCAGUCUGAAAACCUUCCCUGCGUGUGGGUUGUUGGCCCGGGUCGUCCUGUUUGUAACUGCACCCUCCCUCCGAGUGGAGACAGACACAGCAGUAGCUCCUUUUUAUUUCUUUUGAACUGAAAUUAUUUCAUUGCAAACAUUUUACAGUAUUUCUUUUUUAUUUAACAUUUCUGACAUUCAUGGCGACACCUCUUCUUUCAUUUAUAACAAUAAAUGUCAUCUGUUCUCUCUUUUAGUAGCUCCUCUUCAGCACAAGGCUUUUACAGGAAUGCUGAAGCAACACCAAAAGGAUGGGCGCUCUUUUCCUUGUGUCCCCUACGAAAAUCAAGAGUAAGAGGUGGCUGUGGGGCCAGUAUUAUCUGUGGACUAAAACUCUUGAUAAGCACAAAGAGUUAAGGGGCACCUUUGGAAGGUAGUCUGCGUCAAGGAUCCUCAGGGUGCUACCAUCUGAAAGCUGCAGAUGCAGAGCCAGGGAGGAGGGGCCCCGUCAAACAGCCCAGAAGGGAAGAAAAGGCAAAACCCUCUAGUUAGGACCCCAGGUGAGUUGCCCACGAGCACAGAGCUGACUUACUGGAACAAACCUGCUGCAAAAUUGAUGGGUAAGAGAAUGUAACUCCCUUUUUGAAAAGCAAGGGAGACGCACCCAGGAUCCUGGAACUGACUGGGUAGACUUUAUUGAGUUAUGGUCUAUGUGAGCCCCUCAAAUUGGCUGGGAGACCGCUUCUCUUCAGACUCUGUUGGGCCAAGGGAGGAACAUGCGGAUACCGGGGCCACUGGGAAAGUCGUGUGCUUCUUUUCUGUGUCUUAGAGUCUGAGUUAAACCUGUGGGACAAGAGAAUGAUGGGUGAAGAGAAGGUCAAGUCCCAUUGGUGGGAAACUGGGUGAAGUGCUUCUCGGAUAUGCGUUAACCUGUCUUUCUACCAAAGAUGGGCCUGUGCUUUAGUCAGGGUCAGUCAUUGUCAGUGACUUCAAUUGGCAAGCGAGGGGCCUCCCACCACCAGCACUCCGCCUGCUGAUCUUGCAUUAUUGGCCGCUGAGGCCAUAGGAACUGGAAACUGACCUUAGCAUCUCUGGUGCUUAGAAACCCUAUGAUUUCACUCCAAGUCGAGUUUUUAAUAACAAAAUAAGCAGCUUGUGUGGGCAUCUGUCCGAUUAAAGGUUUCAACCCUAUUAGAGAGGGAAAAUACUGCCACGCAAAUAUUAGGUCCCUUUGGGGGAAGUUUGAUGAGUGUUUUCACUUUCCUGGAGUCACAAAGGUUCUGUCUCCCAGGAACGCUCGCUCCCUGGCAUCCAUGUUUCCUUCUGAGUACCCCCACCUUUUUUUUGCACUGACCUGACGCACUUUAUACUAAUAGGUUGCAACUUUUGCAGCCCUUCAUUUGUGUUGUUAAACCCAGACCUUCCUGACUUUCUGUCACUAGCUGAAGUGUAAAAUCAGCAACCGUUGGACUAAACUGACAUCAAAUGAAGCUAAAGGCGUGGGAGCACCGCGCGCGCGGUGCUCCAGGAAAAAGAGAAAAAGAGCAAAUCUGUACAUACUGAAGUGUUGACUGCUGUACUGCAAAGAAGCCACAAUAAAGUCUCUGGCCUACAUGCUCUUA